GGCUGGGGCAGCUGCGGGGCUCCCCCCGCCCAUGGCUGGAGCCCAGCCGCCCCCCUGUGAGGCCGGGGCGGGGGCCCUGGCGGGCCUGAGUCGCGCUCCGCCCCCAGGCCCCGAGCCCCUCGGACAGGGGGUGUGGGCGGCAGCCUGCAGUCCUGGCCUCCGGCCCCCUCUGCUCCGCGGCACGUCCCAGCCCCGAGCCCCUCGGACAGGGGUGUUGCCCCUUCUACAGAUGGGUGAAGUUGCAUGAGCCGCAACGUUGAACAGCAGCUGAGGAAUCAUGGAGAAGUUUGGCAUGAACUUUGGAGGUGGUCCUAGUAAAAAAGAUCUUCUGGAGACUAUUGACUCUCAGAAAAAACAGCUUCUUCAGUACCAGACUCGCUUGAAGGAUGUUGUUAGAGCCUACAAGAGCUUGCUCAAGGAAAAGGAAGCCUUGGAAGCUAGCUUAAAAGUGUUGUCCGUGUCUCACGAGACAGACAUUGGCCUGAGUGGAGCUCACCUUGAAGACAUUGCCAGCUCCAAUGUUUCCUUUGCUGACUCUGCUGAUGACAGGAGUUCUGUUCAUAGUGAAGACAGCAUGGGGACAGCUACAAGUGUGGACACUGCUGCCAGCUUGACCAGUGCCAAGGGUGAACUGGGGACAGAAGAUGAGAGAACCACAGCUGGGUCUUCCCUUCUGAAAUCGGAGGAGGCGAGUGGAUCAGAGAGUGGCGUCAGCACUGGCAGUGGGGAUGUGCCAGCCGCUGCUAUUGAGGCUGACAAAAGGGUGCUCCAGCUGAAGACUCAGCUGGCCACCUUGACCAGCUCCCUGGCUACAGUCACCCAAGAGAAAUCCCGCAUGGAAGCCUCAUACCUAGCAGACAAGAAAAAAAUGAAGCAGGACCUGGAUGAGGCCAGUAAAAAGGCUGAGGAAGAGAGAAGCAAGUUGGAGGCAGAGAUGAAGUGUGUCCAGGAGCAGCUGGCAGAGACCAAAGCUCGUCUAAUCACACAGCAACAUGACCGGGCCCAGGAGCAGAGUGACCAUGCCCUUAUGCUGCGGGAGCUACAGAAGCUGCUGCAAAGUGAGAGGACCUUGCGCCAGGAUGUGGAGCUAAAGCUGGAGGAGACCAGGGAGGCGCUGGCUGGAAGGGUGUACGUGGCUGACCGUGUGGAAGAGUCUGAACUGCAGACCAAGCAGCUGAGCAGGGUGGUGGAGGAGCUGAAGAGAGAACUGCAGGCUUUGCAGGAGGAGAACAGCAAGCCAGACCCCCGGCUGCAGGAGCUGCAGGAUGAGAUGGCCAGCCUCAAGAGUCACUUUCAAGCGCAGCUGCUGCAAGAGAUGAGAAAGACUGCACAGGCAGAAGAGCAGCUCCGUCAGCAUGCCCAGAUGGAGGAGCGCCGAGUGGCCAGCUUGGAGAGCCAGGUCUCUGAGGUGUCAGAGCUGCUUGGCACUUACGAAAAAGCCAAACAAAAAGACCAAAUGACCAUUCAGAAACUAAAGGACCGCAUUGUGCAGUUAGACCUGGAAAACAAGACUCUGGCCAUCGCUGCUUCCAGCCGAUCCCCAAUGGACAUUCACGUUGAGGAAAACAGCCUGGAUGUUCAUGUUCUGAAAGACAAAAUGGAGAAGCUGAAGAAGCUGCUGCAGAUGGCAGCCAAGAACAGUCAGCCUGCCUUGGACAUAGAGAAGCUCUGUGAGCUGGAGCUGCCAAAGGGCACUGAGGCUGGGGAUGGGGAGAAGGCUACUGCUCUGUAUUAUCAACAAGAGCUGAAGCAACUGAAGGAGGAAUUUGAAAGGUACAAGAUGAGAGCACAAGUGGUCCUCAAGAACAAGUCAGCCAAAGAUGGCAACCUGGCCAAAGAGCUAGAGGACACCCAGGAACAGCUGGCUGAGCUGAAGGAGAAAUACGUUGCACUUCGGCUCUCCUGUGAGGAGAUGGAAAAGCAACACAAGCAAGAAAUGGAAGCCAAGAAGCAAGAGGUGUCCCACCUGCAGCAGGUCCACAGACAGGACCUAGAGAAAUGCCAGCUGGAUUACAGGGAAAGGGCACUAAAGCUGGAGGAAGAGAUGCACAAGCAGCGGGACAGAGCACUUGCGGUGCUGUCUGAAAAGGACCAAGAGCUGGAGCAGUUGAGGUCUCUAGCCAUACCUUAUGGGCUUCAGGGAUCCAAAAACUACCUAGCAUCAGGGAGUGACAUUAGCGGUGGUGAUUUAAUGGGUGCAAUCUCUUCUGAGAACCUCACCCAGGCUCUGCAUCUUGCUGCCACCAAUGAGCCCACUUUCUUUCUGUAUGCAGAGCAGCUGGCCCGGAAAGAGGUAGAAAUUGUAGCCUUAAGGAAGCAGAAGCACAAACUGGAGAAGGAAGUUCACCAGCUCCAGGAGAGACUUUUGGUUGAGGAAGAGAAGCAUAGGGAAGAGGUAUCCACCCUUCAAAACCAUAUCCAGAAGAACUUAAGGGAUAAGAGCAGAGAGGGAGCCAACCUGGAAUAUCUCAAGAACAUAGUCUAUCGGUUCUUGACCUUACCGGACUCACUGGGCCGUCAGCAGACACUAACUGCCAUAUUGACCAUACUGCACUUCAGUCCGGAGGAGAAGCAGGUUAUUCUGAGACAUUCAGCCAACAGCAGUUGGUGGCUUUCUGGGAAGAGAUGAGAACCCGGGUCCUGCUCAUAACUACUUUACUUCUAUGGUGACAUGUUCCUGUUUUCUAACUGUACGAGGAGAACUAACCAUCCUUCCCAGGACCUCUGCACUUAAUUAUUUGUGUCCAUCAUGUGUCAAGGGCACGGGAGCCUUCAGCAGAGUACUGAGCUUUUAGACUAGUGCAAUUAGCACUAGGCCAAAAAACAAAUGGUCAUCUCAGUACUUCCACUAGGACCACAACUUUCUAUGCCACAAGAAUUCACUCGGGGUUCAGACUUCAUAAAAGGAGGUUCCCCACUGACGAGAUCAGUAUUUUUUUUUAAUCAAAUGCUCCUUAUUUUUAACCUGUCAAGUGUAGAGUGGAGAAAACUUACUAAGUUAGGUCACUUGCUUGGGUCUUAAAACUCCAAAUAGGCUCAUGGCCUAAAAAUAAAAGGAAAAGUACUUAACAGAUUGGGCAACACUAUGAUUUAAUCAGUUAGCAUUUAAAAGAACCCUGAAAACCAGGGAGAGAUGAGUCUUAAUGACCAACUACUAUCCAGAUAUUAAAAAGUUCCUCAGAGACUUCCUGAAGGCUGCUAGUGAGUAUUUGUAACAGCCAAAUUUACACGAGAGAGCAGAAUAGCCCCUCAGAUUGCUUUGAACAGUGCUAGACGUUGGAGAGAGCUACAUGCUAUUGGAGUAAAAGUAAACCUAAAAAAAUGUAUUACUUCAGAUUGGGAAUUUUCCACGUACAAACAUGCACUUAUUAAGCAUGAGGGUAGGAGGAGAAGCAGAAGGUGGGGAGGGGAGGGGAGGGGGGAUUGCUUUGCCAAGUAUUGGAACCCAGGGGCUGAGUAAUGGCUCCAUGCCAUUUCUAAAACAAAAAGGACAAAGUACCGGUCUCAUCAAGUUAGAUCUGAGUUUUCUAACCUUCUUGGGCAAAGGGGAAUCAAGUGUUAAAUGUGUUAGAUCCCAGGAAGGUGGUGAUGAAAGCCUGGCAUUGCAAUGGCGAGCUGACCUCCAGCAACCAUUUUAGGCUUUAUGGGGCUUGUCCACCAUCCCGGAUAUUCUUACACCUAGCUGUUUGUUCAGAAUUUUUGAGGGGGGAGCACAACUAUUGAAGAAGUUGUUUUUCCGACACCCUUCACUGCUUCUUCCAGUCUGUUGAGCAGAGAGAGCCCAGUAGCUUACUGGGGAAAUAUGGUUUGCAGUAAAGUGUGAGUGUGUGUGUGGGGGGGGGGGGGACUUGGCCCGCUAUCACUUUAAUCCAGCAGUUCUGCCAAAAUGUCUCCAGGAUUAAAUGAGAUUAGCAGACAGGGGUCUGAAAUGGUUUGAAAUACAUUCUUUGGUGGACCACUGCAAAUAUAGCAUUGGAAACAGUAGCAUUACUGUUCUUUCUGGCUGGGCCCAGGAGCCCUUUGGCAAGACUGAUGGCUGCUACACCACCCAAUGUAAGGCUUUGACUCACCUGAGAGACAGCAGCACUACUCAUUUCAGGAAGGGCUGCAGGACUGGCCUCUAACACAAGCCAGGCAGGGAAGGGGUUGGGCAGAAGAUCAGGCUGUGGGUUCUGAGUAUUGGAGUCUGCUGGUUGGGUGAGAAGGGUAGUCUGACGCAAAGUGUAUUGGUACCAUUGCUUCCUCAUGUACGUCUCUGCACCUUCUGAUCCCAUUUGUGUUAUGUAACAGGCACCACCCUAGAGCUGCAACACCGCCAAGGGGGCUGGGUCCUGGUCUAUCCUGUCUGGAAAACACGUGUCUUUCUGGAUUGCCAUGGAAGGUGGAGUCUGAGUGUGCAGAACCCCUGCUCUCCAUGGUGCCUAUCCAGUGGGAAUGUGACCCAGUCCUUUUUCCUUGCCUGAGUGUGCUGCAGAGGCUGCGCUAUUGAAAGGGACAUCCUUGGCUCUCACUUGGAGUAAGGGACAACUGCCCCGUGGCUGGCCUGGUUAGGAAGUAGAAGCCUCUUCACAUGCAAGUCCCACACUGUCAAGCCUGUAUUUCUCUGUGCUGAACUAGCAGGGGAGCAGAAUGCCCUAACCCCUCUCUCUCCCCACCCCCGGCAAUGGGUACCGACGUGACAGGCGUGAGAGUAGACAGGACUCGAGCUUUCAACAAUUUCCUUUCCUUUUCCUGUGGGUAACUUUGCCUUUCUGGGGAGAAAGCAUAGAGGCUGUCUGGGUACCCAAAUGUAUGACGCUAACCCUUUCCUUUCCAUAGUGCAUUGGCACACCCAGACCACAAGGCGUCCAGUCUGUGUUUGUAACACGGCUAAAUUACAGCUUCCUUUCUCAUCAUUCAGCUUUGAAUUUAACCAUUGAUGUCCUUGUAUAGGUGUAUCAAAGCCUGUCUCAGUUUACACGCAGACCUGGUGUAUAAUUAUUGGCCUCAAAUGCUGCAUCAUUAAACUGAGUUUUGAUUAGGGUACACAAGGUUCAGUCCGGAGAGUCAGGGAUUUGGGGCCUGUUCCCAGAUCGACAUUGGGAUCGGACUCUCCUAUCUCACAGGAGCUUUUGUAAAGCACUUGGACAUCCUCCGCAGAGGCCGUGAGAGUGUAAAAUGCUGGCUUGGAGCCUCAUAUAAAUUUAAAAAUGGAGGAUUUUAACAAUUUAAAUACAAAAUUAUGAAUCUAUUUAGUAACUCCCCACCUGCAAAACUGCGAGGGGGGAGUUUGGGCCUGUGAUAAUCACACUUGCUGGAUCUUUUGCUGACAUGCUCAACAGUCAAAUAGGAUUGACGUUUAAACUACCAUUCAUUUUGGCAUCACCAGCACCACAUUGAAACGACUGGGGCAGUUCGCACCUUUCGGAGCCGCUGUUGGAGGCUGCUUGCAGACUCUGGAACCCAGCCCUGGACGGGUUACACUCAGUUCACAUUUUCAGCGUUUUCUCACCCAAGUGGGCAAGACGUUUUUUUGUUUUUAAUGACUGCCAAGAUUCUGGAGCCCAGUUCUGCAGUCACAGAACAGAGAGGGGCCUGUUUGUAAGCACAUACAUUUGACCUUGUUUUAAGCUUCCUUCCUGGCACUUUGUCGUGUGGUGUUCCUGCUGGGUUUCCAUUCCACUGGUGAGCCCUGGAACUGGGACAGGAAAUAGAUGAUUUAAUUUAAUCAGCUGGAGUUGUGUUGCUCUGCAGCCUUGGAGGAGACUUCUUUCCUUGGCAGUGCUGCAGGGAUGUGGUGCUGAGUAUCUAGGCAGUCGUGCUUGCACUUGCAGGCUGGCAGCAUGCUGCAAAGUUGAGGGAGGAGCAGCCAGGCCACAGUUGCCAAGUGGACGCAAUUGCGUCAGCAUGACACACAUGCUGUUUGCUCGGGUGCUGAAGAAGGACAUGUUCUUUGCUCAGCUAGCGCUCCUAGGCACUUUUGUUGGAAUCAGCACAAUGCUGCAUUGGGAUCUUCCUCGAGGAAGUGACUCUGACCAGGUCCUUGAGUUAUGCAGGGCUUUCCAGCUGCAGUUGGACGGGAGCAGUGUCUCAGCAAAGAUUUCUUGGGAGAAAAAGCUUUUUGAGUGACAGCAGUAACUAAGGUGUGGGGAAGUUAUGGAGAGCAUGAGCAGUGAAAUUUAAUAGCCUCCUGUACAUCGUGUUUUACCCUUUCAAAGUGCUAUGCGAGCAGCCCCUCUCCUCCAUGAUGAUCGGUGUUGAUAAAUUGUAUAGUCAAUUGCUUGACCACACUUUGGUUUAUUUCGUUUGAAAUAUACUCGAGACCAAAUGAUCGACAUCAGUCGGGUUUAUUAAUGAGAUACAGGAAAAAGUUUCUAGACCAUACCAGUCUCCAAAGAGCAGUCACAUGCAGCGAUGGUACUUUCAUCUUAUGCAGAAGUUGCAUUCUUCAAGUUACGGGUUUCGGCUGCUAUUAUUUAUAUGACUUUACAAGUUAUCCAUUUCUUUACCUGACACUAAAAUCCAACCCAUCAGUUUGUUCCAGUUCCCUAACUUCUUGUUCUGUUCCUUCCUUAGCUUUGUUUUGGACGUUAGCAUUCCACGUACUGAUCCAUGAAGGUCCUUCCCUAGCUUGUACCAUGACAGAGAACGAAUGUGUCUUAAUUUUGACAAGUUUCCUAUCCGCUUGUGCCAAAUGCUGACUUCAGCAAAUGCAAGGUAUUAGGCAAUCCUUAGCAUAAGUGAACAGGAUUAUGGUACAAAUCAGAUUAGGUUCUAUCACUAUUACAUUAUUGGUGCUUAGUGUGUGUGUGUAAUAUUAUACGCGCACAAACACCAUAUACAGUAUGUAUAUAUGGUGCAUAUAAUACAUAUUAUUGAUAUAUAUUUGUAUGCUAACCAGCAUAUAUUAGUCAACAUCAGGCUGGCCGGUGAAUAACAGAUGCUGCCAGACUGCCAUUGUGGUGAUCCCUUUGCCAACCACAAAGGGAAGCACCCUGACUGGGUGACGCAUAAGGGUCUCUCCAUUCCAUUCCAGAAACUGACAUCAAUGGAAAACCUCAGUCCUCAGCUGCCAUUUGCUCCCCCAGCAAACUCACAGAAGAAACGAAAACUCCACAGGCAGAUUCUGUGCCUGCUGGAAACCUUGGAAAGGGACCGAAAAACCAAGGAGUAAACACUUCAUCAGAUGGUGCCAGGAGAAGAGGGGCUGGAUACCUACACUUCAUUGGAUGUCCGGCUGCUGGGAACAUAAGUGGAAAGGAUGGGGCCUGAGAGAGUUUCUUCAAUGAAGUGUGGGGUCAGACUUUUGCUAUUGUGUUGAAGUCUAGUGGAGUUGCUCCAGGUUACUAGCAGUGUAACGGGGAGCAGAAUUCAGCCUUGUGUGUCUCACCUCUCUAAGGCCUGGUCUACACUGGGGCAGGGACGGGGGGGAUCGAUCUAAGUUAUGCAACUUCAGCUACGUGAAUAGUGUAGCUGAGGUCGACAUACUUAGAUCGACUUACCGCAGUGUCUUCCCUGUGCUGAGUCGACUGCUGCCGCUCCCCCAUCGACGCCGCCUGCGCCUCUUGCGACGGUGGAGUACAGGAGUCGACGAGAGAGUGCUCGGGGGUCGAUUUAUCGUGUCUAGACAAGACGCGAUAAAUCGACCCCCGCUGGAUCGAUCGCUGCCCGCUGGUCCGGCGGGUAGUAGACAUACCCUAAGAAGUGCAGGUAGUUACUGCUAUGGACCCUGCUGAGAGGUCUAAAGGAGGAGUCUGCUUCCCCCAGUCUCCGUGGUCCCACUUGGGCCAACCUUCCGUUGAGUAGCGCCUUUGAAACCAAUGAGACUAUUCACAAAGUAAGGUUCCACUCAGCAUGUCGGGCAGAAUAAGGCCCAGAGUUAGAAUGGGCAACGGGGGGUCUCCAGGCUGGUAAUUUUACUGCUCUGGCUCCCACUGACCUGAGUGUUACUGAGCUUACUCCUCUGGGUGUGUUUCCACAGACUGUUAGGAGAUGGGCCAUGUUUUGCCUCUGCCUGGUGCUUCAAUACCACACUGGGAGGGGUUGCAAGUGCUUUGGAGGAUAGGAUUAAAAUUCAAAAUGUCUGGAGAAAUGGUCUGAAGUAAAUAGGAUGAAAUUCAAUAAGGACAAAUGCAAAGUACUCCACUUAGGAAGGUACAAUCAGUUGGACACCUACAAAGUGGGAAACGACUGCCUAGGAAGGAGUACUGCGGAAAGGGAACUAGAGUCAACAGUGUAACAUUGUUGCAAAAAAAGCAAACAUUCUGGGAUGUAUUAGCAGGAGUGUUAUAAGCAAGACACAAGAAGUAAUUCUUCUGCUCUACUCCACACUGAUAUGUCCUCACCUGGAGUAUUGUGUCCAGUUCUGGGCGCCACAUUUCAGGAAAGAUACGGACAAAUUGGAGAAAGUCCAGAAAAGAGCGACAAAAAUGACUGAAGGUCUAGAAAACAUGACCUAUGAGGAGAGAUUGAAAAAAAUGGGUUUGUUUAGUCUGGAAAAGAGAAGGCUGAGAGGGGACAUAAGUUUUCAAGUACAUAAAAGGUUGCUACAAGGAGGAGGGAGGAAAAAAUGUUGUUUUUAACCUCUGAGGAUAGGACAAGAAGCAAUGGGCUUAAAUUGCAGCAAGGGUGGUUUAGGUUGGAUGUUAGGAAAAACUUCCUAAUGGUCAAGGUGGUUAAGCAUUGGAAUAAAUUGCCCAGGGAGGUUGUGGAAUCUCCAUCAUUGGAGAUGUUUAAGAGCAGCUUAGACAAACACCUGUUGGGGAUGAUCUGGAUAGGGGUUCUCAAACUGGGGGUCAGGACCCUUCAGGGGGUUGUGAGGUUAUUACAUGGGGGGUCAUGAGCUGUGAGCCUCCACCCCAAACCCCGCUUUGCCUCCAGCAUUUAUAAUGAUGUUAAAUACAUAAAAAGGUGUUUUUAAUUUAUAAGGGGAUAACACUCAGAGGCUUGCUACAUGAAAGGGGUCACCGGUACAAAAGUUUCAGAACCACUGGUCUAGAUAAUACUUAGUCCUGCCAUGAGUGCAGGGGACUGGACUAGAUGACCUCUUGAGGUCCCUUCCAGUCCUAUGAUCCUUUGCAAAGGACUGGAGAAUAAGAGAAUGAAUGGUGGUUCCUCUACUCCGUCCUUGUACGUGAUGGCAGGACUGACUUGAUCAUCCCAAGACAGUGCCUGAAAGAUCACUGCUCUAGCCUAGAAAAUCUGGAGGGAUGGGGAUUCUACAUCCACCGGUGGCAGCUUAUUCCAGGGCUGUCGCUGAGCUUUUCCCGGUCACUGUUCCGUGUACAUGGCUUUGGUGACUAGUACUCAUGGCCCCUGUGUGCCGGCUCCUGCUAGUCAGCUGUGCAGGCUCUGAUCUGUGGUGGAACAAGGGCCACUCUCAGAAUCACACGAGCAAGCAGCCAGCGCUCGCAGAUCAGACAGAAUCGAAGCUAAAAUGCUUCCUGGCUCUGCAACAGUGCAAACCGCUCAGAGUUUGAAUUGAUCUAAACUCAGAAGUUUCAACUUACUGACCUGAAAUGGUCAUAACUUUAACACUCUGUGACUGAUUUUCUUCAAUCUUGGCUUAUUUUGACUUAAAAACCGAAGUAUGUCUGACAGUGUGAGCUGCAGCCUACGGAGCAUGCGGGUGUGUGAGAAGUGCGUGUUAUACAGGGUGUUAACAGACAGUUUGGUGUAAUGAGGCCAUGUGUUGAAAUGUAAGCAAAAGGGAGUAGCAGAGUUGAGUAGGUUGAGUCUUCUGCCUUCAGUGCUGUCCCCGACUUCAUAAUCUUGUUGCUGGGUGAAUGGCAUCUUGUUGCAUGGACUUGCUGUGUAGAGUCAAGGGAGUUGCCAGUACUCAGCUAUGAGAAGCAACAGGUUACCUGGAGGUGGGGAAAGCCCUACCCUGCUGCUGGAAAUGCUCUGUCCUAGACUUCAUGUGUUCCCCCUCAAAUCUACUUUAUCCAGCUGUUCCCCCAAUGUCCCUUCCCUGGGGUCAGCAGUGCAGCAAGGGAGUUUUGUACUGAGAACGUGGCAGCCGGUGAACAGACGGGCUCUGAGCCUGAACCAUUCCAUGUAGCCGCCUCGCUGCUCUGGAAGCCCGCUGGGUUCCUCGGCCAGGCUGACGGAAGUGAUGAGGAGUUAGCUCAGACUGCCACGAGGCAGGAGGCGGCUUUCAAACAUCAGUAAUGAUCAUAAUAGCUUCCCCCUUUCUGCGGUGUGGUGCGUUGCAUCUCUCAAAGCACUGCCCAGAAGAGAAGGAUUGGUCCCCCACCGGGGGAGAUUUGAAGCGGAGAACCUGGGACCUGCCCAAAUCUGCAAAGGGAGGUGGUAUCGGAAGAGAUCCGGUUCUUGGGUGUUCCUGGCUCCAGUCCUGUGCUUGGGCCAGUAAGUGACUCAGCGUCACUCUCUGCCCUCCUCCUGCUUGGAGAGCUGCAGCUGGGUGGGGCUUUGCACAGACAUCCUUCACCACGCAGCAUAGGGAAUGUUUUCAUUGAAGGGUUUGUGUGUGUGUAUGAAGUCAUGUGCCAACGGUUGUUAAACAUGGGCCUCAUUAAACAUGCAGUCUGUUCCUUUGCA